CAGAGAUUGAAUUUCAACAGGACAGCAUUCCCAAAAAGAUUUCAAGACAGACAACGUGAGGCAGCAAGAGACAGGAUAAGAACGUAGAUGUUCCCUGAGCAACCAACUGGAAGCAGUUUUUGUACAACCUGGUUAGAGAGACAGCCAAACAAGGACAUUGUGUAUAUGACAGACGGAUAUGAUGAGCCACAGGACACGAACAAUGUGAUUUUUCAUCCUGCCAUUAGUCUCUGUCAGCAGCUGUUUUACACUUAACAGGGUUUGCUUUUAAGCCCAGUUGUUCUGUGGUUUGGCCUGGGAUACACACAGGAAUGGACAGCAGUGACCCACAGGACGAUGAAAGAGGAGGCAGAAGGAAGGAGAGUGAUGGAGAGAACGGUAAACAGCUGAAAAACCAACUCAACUGUGAGGAAAAAGGAGAGAAGGAGAUCCAAGUGAACGAGAAGGAGAAGAAGAAAGAGACCCGACAUUCUGGGUCUCUAUGGAGGAAUGGAUGGGCGCUGAGUGAAAGACUGGCCAUCAAUGUCUCUGGGAUGCGUUAUGAAACUCAGCUUCGCACCUUAGCCCAAUUCCCUGACACCUUGCUUGGUGACCCUAGGCGUAGGUUACGGUACUUUGACCCACUUCGAAACGAGCUCUUCCUAGACCGAAACCGUGCCUGCUUUGAUGCCAUUCUGUACUUCUACCAGUCAGGUGGGAGGCUUCGGAGGCCCGCGAACAUACCCCUGGACAUCUUCAUGGAUGAGCUGAUGUUCUACGAGCUGGGACAGGACAUCAUGAGUCGCUUCAAGGAGGACGAAGGUUUUGCAAAAGAGGAGGAGAGGCCGCUACCGUCCAACGAAAUCCAGAAAAGACUAUGGAUGUUGUUUGAGCACCCCGAGUCCUCAUCAGGCGCACGCAUCAUAGCCAUCAUCAGUGUCAUGGUCAUUGUGGUGUCCAUCCUCAUCUUCUGCCUGGAGACAUUGCCUGACUUCAGGAAUGAGAAAGAGACACGAGAGGCAUAUUUUUACAAGUACCACUCCCAGGCAAAGAACAUAUCUGAGAACAUGCCUCUUCCACACAGUGUUUUCCAUGACCCCUUCUUCCUGGUAGAAACCGUCUGCAUAUGCUGGUUCUCCUUCGAGCUCCUCAUGCGCUUCGCUUGUUCUCCCAGCAAGAUGUACUUCUUCAAGGAUGUCAUGAACAUAAUCGAUUUCAGUGCCAUCCUACCCUUUUUUGUCACUCUGGGAACGGAGCUGGCCAAGGAUAAUGACGCCUCUCCAGCCACAUCCUUGGCCAUCAUCAGAGUCAUCAGGUUAGUGAGGGUGUUCAGGAUCUUUAAGUUGUCUCGUCACUCUAAGGGCCUUCAGAUCCUUGGUCAGACACUGAAGGCCAGCAUGCGUGAACUGGGCCUGCUUAUCUUCUUCCUGUUUAUUGGCGUCAUCAUCUUCUCCAGUGCCAUCUACUUUGCUGAGGCUGACCACACCGACACACACUUUAUCAGUAUACCACAUGCCUUCUGGUGGGCAGUUGUCACCAUGACCACAGUGGGCUAUGGUGACAUGUACCCAGCGACAGUGUGGGGUAAGCUAGUGGGCUCAAUGUGCGCCAUUGCUGGUGUUCUCACCAUCUCGCUGCCAGUGCCUGUCAUAGUGUCCAACUUUAGCUACUUCUACCAUCGGGAGACUGAAUGUGAGGACCAUACCGAGUACACACAUGUCCAGACGGGUCUGUGGGAGGACAAGGGUCCAGAAGGGGAGAUAGAGGAAAUAGAGGAAGGGGAUAGAGAUCCAGAGGGAGAUUAUUAUGCCAUUGAAGGCAUAUGCAACCCUUUGAAAGGGACUCUGCUGGGUGGACUGUGUACAGGGCAGGGCACAGAGUUCAGAGGAGGAAACAUGUAUCUGAGGGAACCACUGGUUACCCAAGUGUAGGGAGGUGAGUGUUAUUGUGUACCAUUUGACAAAGACACAGUAGGAAAAAAUUAUUUGAAGGGAAUGAAAAAAACAGAAUGAAACACAAUGAAUGAAAUUAGAAGAAAA